AGAAUGACGUACUCCAGUAGUGUCCUAAGUUUGUGUACGCGCGCGCGAAGUCGUUCUUGUAUCACCUGGAAUCUUGCAACUAACGAAAAAUGUUGCUGUACCAGCGAUCUUUUAUCGUCGUCUUUACAAUCCUGACCUUUCUCACGAUAGGCAGUUUUGGUAUAAAGUGCUACCAGUGCAGCAGUGACACAGACCCGGAGGGCGUAGAUAACUGUGGUGCCUAUACAAAUUUCGACAAGGAAAGGCACAUUCCAGUGGAGUGCAAUAGCGACGAAUCGAAAAUGCCUGGUACCUUCUGCGUUAAGUUGACCCAGCAGAGUCCCCGUGGAUUUAUUUGGGAUGGCAGAUGGAGACAGGUGAUUCGUCGCUGCGCUUCCGUGGCGAACACAGGUGUCACAGGCGUAUGCAAUUGGGGCGUUUACGAGAACGGUGUCUACUGGCAGGAGUGCUCCUGCUCCGAAGAUUCAUGCAACUCGGCCACAAAUCUCGGCUUGGCUUUCAGCACGAUUCUCGCCACUCUAGUGAUUUCUCAGUACCUCAUGUAAUUUCAAGCUAUCGAUCUGCCGAAAGUAAAGAAGAGAAAAGAAGAUAGAAACACAGCAUUCAACAAAAAGAUGCACCAUGUACCUUUUUACUUUCGCAUAGCGAGAGAAUACGACGAAUCUCACUUUAUAACUCGAUAAUGCGUACUGUUUAGGCUAUCGAAUUCGUUUUGUGCGUCCUGUAUUAACAGCUAUUAAUUUUAUUGUGCUUUAUUUUUCUUAGAAUCGGAAAACAGUGUCUUUAAUUUAAAUGACAAGAAAGAUUUUGGAUCGUCUGAACUCGAAGUUAUACCAAAUAUUCAAGUACGUCAUGUAGAUAUAAUCUUUUUUACUUUCUUCUUUUACUAAUAACUUUUAAAGAUCCAAACCAAUCUCUUUGAAUAUAAAAAACGAGUAGAUUUUUUUCCCGUUGUGAUAGUAUUAUUGCACGUAAAAUGUUUUACCUUUUUAUAGCUUUUAUAAAUACAUACUUUGUAAAAAUAUAAUUCAAUUAUAUUGAAGUAAUUACUUUUCUAAUAAAACGAACAAGUUUUAUACGCAUCUCUUUACUGGAGAAAAUGCCGUGAAACUCGAUUCCGUCCAUGCGAUUCCGAGAUUGUGAAAGUGCGUAGCAAUUUAAUGAAAAAAAGAAUUGAUGACGCACCAUUAAUUAUCCGUCCAUUAAAGUUAAAUGUAAUGUAAGUAACAACGAUCUGUUAGGUCGUAGCAUAUUUUAAAAUUUAGUACAAAACAUAAAAUUACUGCAUUGUUAACAAAAAUGAUAUGCAGAGUAUUAAUUUUUAAAUGUUGCCAUUUAAUCAUUUCUAAAAAGGGUGACGCCCACAUUCCAAUUUUAUUAACGCGAAGCGAAAGACAUUUAUAUAAAUAAAUGUAAAUAAAUAUAGGUAUUAAUUAUACUACUGUUUUAAACAAGACUACCAUUGUGCACGUGUCACGUUGACAAACAUUGUAAUCCAACAACUCUAUUGGUAUUUUUUAUAUUGAUAAUCAUACAAAGUUGCUUAACAGGAAAAUAAAACCUAGAGCAGACAAGAAAACAA